UCUCAUCGUCCACAAAUGACGAGCGGAACGGCGGAUAUCCAAGGGAGACGAAGGAUAAAACGAAGAAACAAGGGGGGGAAAAUGCGCGCCAUUUUCCUUCCUCUGGCUUCCCUUCCCCUUUCCGAAUCGGUUCUGCAAAAUCGGGCUGCUCACCUUCUGUUUUGCUCAUCGGGUUUCUCGAUUUCUGGGUGGUCGCGAUCUGUGUUACCCAAAUCCUCAGGGAGACGGAGAAUCGGGACCCUAAUUUUCGCAGCGUCGUCCUCGUCACCGGAGGUGGAUGAAUGGAUCGAUAAGUUGCCGGACAAGAAGAAGCCGAUCUAUUCUCACAGUCUGCCGUGCAUCGAGGCGUGGCUGAACCAGCUAGGGUUCCGACAGACGAAAGACGACCCGGCUGUCUGGCUCAUACGGAAGCUCGAGUGGCACGCACAGCUCUCCCUCGACGUCACCGACCUCUGCAUUAGAUACCUUAAGACUGGGCCUGGAGAGCUUGAGAAGGAUGUGGAGAGACGGUUCAGUUAUGCAUUAAGCAGAGAAGAUAUUGAGAAUGCAAUACUUGGAGGACCUUAAAUUCACCUCUAUGUCGUCUAGCAUCGGCAUGUAUGUAAUUUUUCAUUGUUUCUGCUGAUAGACUGAAGAUUAAAAAUAAGCAUGUGCGUCUUAAUUCAUAAUUUUUUGUUGCUUCUAAGCUCUAUAUACGUCGAUCUAAAUAUCUUUGUAGUGCAAAAUAACAGCCAGAGAAUGACUAUGAACUGUUUCUUCUCUAGCUCGACAAAAGCAGGUUCACCUGACACUGUUUGAUCUCGUGCGAAAAGCAGUUGAAAAUAAAUACUUAUCUGCCGGAUUGUGUUUA